UGCGAGGGGCGGAGCGGGGCUGGGUUGGGCGGCUGGGCCGGCCUGGGCGAAGAUUGUCCCGCCGCAGCCUGAGCUGCUCUUUUCUGCGAGCGGCAUGGAGUGAGAGCGAGCGAGGGCCGGAGGUGGCCAGCGGGGCGCAGCAGAAGGGGGACGCCGAGGCGAGCGCGAGAUGGCUGCAGAGAUGGCGCGGGGGCUCCGGCUCCUCCUGCUUUUCGCUGUUGGGACUCAAGCUAAGAUAUCCUUCACGAAGGAGCCGUAUUCCCAGGAUGCUUUUCAUGGCCGCAGCGCCAUUUUGCGCUGUGAAGUGGAGGAACCAAGAGACAUAGAGUUUGAGUGGCUGCAGAAUGGGGUCCCCGUCCAGGACACCGAGCGCCGCUUCAAGGAAGGGAGCAGCCUUCAGUUCACGUCUGUCGACCGGCAGCAAGAUGGCGGGAACUUCCAGUGUGUGGCCAGGAACGUAGUGACUGGAGAAGAAGCUCGGACCACAAAUGCAUCUUUUAACAUAAAGUGGAUCGAAACAGGGGGAGUUGUCCUGAAGAACCCGGCCAGAGUGGAAGAUAUACAGAGUUCUGCUCCAGUAACGUUGCGAUGCCAUAUUGAUGGGCACCCUCGCCCGACGAGCCAGUGGUUCCGGGAUGGCACCCAGAUUGAAGACGACCGAACCAACUAUUCCGUCAGCAACAAGGAACGGACGUUGACCCUCAAGAGCGCCAGCCCGGAUGACAACGGGGUCUAUUUCUGCUGUGCUCGGAAUGCCAUGGCCUCGGUGUGCAGCAGCAACAACUUCACUCUCAACAUCAUAGAUGAAAGUUUUCCCCGGCCCGUGAUUGUUCCUGAGAACCAGAUUGUCAAUAGGAAUGAGGAGGCCAUGUUCCACUGCAAGUUCCAAGCUGUGCCACCUCCCACCCAGGAAUGGCUAUUUGAAGACGACACUCCUGUUUCCAAUAAGUCCAGGACGGUGCUGUUCUCCAACGGCUCUUUACUGAUACCUCAGGUGAAGCCACGCAGUGCAGGAGUCUAUAAAUGUGUUGGUCGUGGGCAGAGGGGGAAGCCCGUUGUUCUGCAGGCGACGCUCCAGCUGGCAGAAAUUGAAGAUUUCACCUACCUGUUUGGCCCAAAGACGUUCAUUGCCAACAAAGAGCAGCGGGUGUCCUGCAUAGCGCCUCGGGGGGUCCCUGAACCCCAUAUCUGGUGGGAGAGAAAUGGCGCCCCGCUCCCUACGACUGGCAGGGUACGCCAAGAAGCCAAGGACCUUGUCUUCACUAGCGUUGUAGAAAAGGACUCCGGAGUGUACACCUGUCAUGCGGUGAACAAGGCUGGAGAGAAGAAGCAGAACCUGACCAUCACAGUAGCUACUAUGCCAAAAUGGGUGGAAAAGCCCAAGGACAGCCAGCUGGAAGAGGGCAAGCCAGGAUACCUCCACUGUCUCAGCAAAGCGUCUCUGAAGCCCACAGUCAGCUGGUUUCGCAAUGGCAUCCCCAUUUCAGAGGAUUCCCGCUUUGAAAUCGCCGAGAAUGGGACGCUGCGGAUUAACAACGUGGAGGUGUACGAUGGGACAGUAUUCAAGUGUGUGAGCAGCACACCAGCCGGGAGCAUUGAGGAGCAGGCUCGGGUGCACGUCCUCGAGAAGCUGAAGUUCACCCCUACCCCUCAGCCUCAGCAGUGUGUCGAGUUUGAUAAAGAGGUCACAGUCUCUUGCUCAGCCACAGGCCGGGAAAAGCCUGCAAUCCAGUGGAUUAAAACCGAUGGGAGCAGCCUGCCAGCCCGGGUCAGUCAGAAUGCUGGAAACAUGAGCUUUCGUAAAGUGACGAGGAGCGACGCCGGAAAGUAUACUUGCAUUGCUUCCAACGGCCCUCAGGGAGAGAUCAGAGCGACCGUCCAGCUCACAGUGGCAGUUUUCAUAAGCUUUAAGCUGAAGCCGGAAGACACAACCGUCUACCCGGGACACACAGCCAUGUUCCAGUGCCAAGCCGAAGGCGACCCGGUGCCACAAAUCCAGUGGAAAGGAAAGGACAGGAUUCUGGAAGUUGACAAAUUCGGGCCCAGGGUCCAAAUUAUGUCUAACAACUCUCUGGUAAUCUACGAUGUCACCAGUGAGGAUUCUGGCAAGUAUACGUGCAUCGCCGGAAACAGCUGCAACAUCAAGCAUCACGAAGCUUUCCUCCACGUCGUGGACAAACCGGUGACAGAAAGGGAGGAUGCACCAAACAGCCACACUCCCUACAAGAUGAUCCAGACCAUAGGGCUCUCCGUUGGAGCUGCGGUGGCGUACAUCAUCAUCGUCCUGGGCCUCAUGUUUUACUGCAAGAAGAGGAGGAAGGCAAAUAGGCUGAAGAAGCAGCCAGAAGGGGAGGAGCCAGAGAUGGAGUGCUUGAACGGGGGCACUCUGCUGCAGAAUGGGCAGACCACCGCUGAGAUUCAGGAAGAAGUGGCCCUGACCAAUCUUGGCAGCGGCUCUGCGGUCAGCAAGAGGCACAGCGCCAGCGACAAGAUGCAUUUCCCCCGCUCCAACCUGCAGACAAUCACUACCUUGGGGAAGGGCGAGUUCGGGGAAGUCUUCCUGGCCAAGGCAAAAGGCAUCGAGGACAACGAAACUGAAGUGCUUGUUUUGGUCAAGAGCCUCCAAACGAGGGAUGAGCAGCUGCAGCUGGACUUCAGGCGAGAGUUCGAGAUGUUUGGGAAGCUGAACCACAGCAACGUGGUGCGCUUGCUGGGCCUUUGCCGGGAAACUGAGCCUCACUAUAUGGUUCUGGAAUAUGUGGAUCUGGGAGAUCUGAAGCAGUUCCUCCGGAUUUCCAGGACUAAAGAUGAGAAGCUCAAGCCACAGCCCAUCAGCACCAAGCAGAAGGUGUCCUUCUGCUGCCAGGUGGCCCUGGGGAUGGAGCACAUGUCCAACAGCAGAUUCGUUCACAAAGACCUGGCAGCUCGGAACUGCCUUGUCAGCGCACAAAGGCAGGUGAAGGUGUCCAGCCUGAGCCUCAGCAAGGAUGUUUACAGCAGCGAGUACUAUCACUACCACCAAGCCAGGAUCCCCCUCCGCUGGAUGCCCCCUGAAGCCGUCUUGGAGGACGAGUUCUCCACCAAGUCUGACGUCUGGUCCUUCGGGGUCGUCAUGUGGGAAAUAUUCACGCUGGGGGAUUUGCCCCAUUCCAAGCUGGCGGAUGAAGAGGUGUUGUCAGGUUUACAGUCUGGGAAGAUGAAGCUUCCGCACCCAGAGGGCUGCCCCUCUAAGGUCUACAAGGUGAUGCAGCGCUGCUGGGCUCCCAGCCCGAAGGACCGCCCAUCUUUCAGCGAGGUUGCCAACAUGCUCGGAGAGAGCCCGUCCGAAAGCAAGGCCUGAGCAGGGAGGCGCUGCUCCCCCACCCC